AGACUAAAAACCUAAUGAUAUGGGCUUGCAAUCUCUCAGCAGCAAGCAGUCAGCAGCCAUCACUCGACUCUCAGCAGCAAAACUCCAUUUCAGAGAGAAGAGAAUAAGCCAAGCAUUACCAAAUAAGCAAGGAAAUGGCGACUACUCUCGUAAACAAGACAUCAAUAACUAAUCAAACCCAACGCUUCUUUCGAUUGUCUUUCAACUUUCUUAAAAGCUUUAGCACUUCUUCUCCCUCGCCUAAUCCCUCUUCCACUGCUUCGGCUUCCAAUAAACCAAAGCGAAAAAAGAAGAAGAACCUGUUCGAAGUCGCCCAGUUUUUGCCCAAUUGGGGAAUCGGUUAUCACAUGGCUAAAUCUCAUUGGCAAAAUGUCUCUUAUGAAAUCACCAAGAUCAAUCUAUACAAGGAUGGUAGGCAUGGAAAAGCGUGGGGGAUUGCUUAUAAAGAUGGAAUUCCUGCUGAUGCUCCAAAGAAGAUAAGUGGAGUUCAUAAGCGUUGCUGGAGGUAUAUUCCAAGCUUAACAAAAUCAUUGGAGAGAAAGCCACCUUCACCAAAAUCUACAGAAACUGCCUCAGAGAUUGAAGCUCAGGCAGCUUGAUGCAUUUUCAUUUUUUACUGAGGACCAGUAGCCUGACCAUAUGAACCUGCUCCCUUAUUUUUAGGGUUGAUAACCUCAGUUUAAGAGUUGCAUUUUUGGAUGUCUUGUGGCCCUGUACCAUCUUAUUUUCUGGAUGUUUUGUUGCUUUUUUUUUCUAUAUAACAUCCUUGUUCGAUGAAAAGGCAGUAGAAACUUGAAUAUGCAAUCAGCAAAUUUUGAACAUUCUUUUGUAUGCACUGUAACUUCUUUUUGGAAUGGAUUUUGAGUUCUACUCUUAUAAUUCA